AUGUCCAAUUCAACAGAAAAGCACAAAAAAUUCAUCUUGAACCUUAAACUGAAUCACGAACGUGGUUUGGCUCAUGAGGCUUUGGAUGAAGUAUUUCGAAAAUUGGAUACUUCUACGUUUGGCACGUCCGUGGGACCAGAACCCAAUGUAUUUACAGUUGAGCCUGAAAGUGUUCGUCACAUGCAGUCAGCAUCUCAAACUUCUGACUUUAAUAUGGGUGUGAGAUUAAAAGUGUUUUCCACAUUGUUGGGAGAUGGGAUUUUCUCAAGUGAGGGGUCUAGUUGGAAGCAUUCACGGAUUAUGCUUCGGCCAUUUUUCUCCAGGGAGAACAUCAAGCAAAUUCAUGCGAUGGAGCCAUUUACUCAAAGCGUUAUCAAGGCUAUAAAACAGGCUCCGCAAAUGACGCUUGAUAUGCAAGAGAUUUUCCAAAAUUUUACAAUGGACUACACAACGCAUCUCCUACUUGGAGAAAGUUGUGAUUGUUUGAAAACAUACCUUGGGGAACCUACUUCUGGCUCGAUUGCGAAUGAUAUGAAGUUGGACUUUGCUCCAAGUUUCGAUAAAGGGACAGAGUAUGCGUUGCGGAGACUAGUUAUGGGCUCAUUCCAUUGGCUUUAUCAACCAAGGCAAAUGUUUGUUGAAAUUAAGAAGCAGCAUGAUUUUGUGGAUUAUUACGUACAAAAGGCAUUAAAGAUGAAUUCACAAGAUUUGGAAAAACUGUCGGAUGAUGGUACGUUUUUCCUUUACGACCUUGCUCAGAAGACAAGGGACCCGAAAGUGCUUCGUGACGAAAUAUUGAGUAUUAUUGUUGCUGGAAGAAGUACGACUGGUUCAUUGAUGACGUUUCUAUUUUAUGAAUUGGGCCGUCACCCAAAGGUAUUCACGAGAUUGAGAGAUAUAAUCAGAGUACAAUUUCCCGAUGUCGCGUCGAUUGCUCUCGAAUCAAUACAAGGAUGUGAAUACUUACGAUGGUGUUUGAAUGAAACUUUGAGAUAUGACCCACCAGUGCCCUUUAACUCAAGAACAACAACUCAAGAUACGGUUUUACCCAAGGGAGGAGGCGACGAUAAUCAAUCACCAAUGUUGGUAAAAAGGGGAACCAAAAUCGUUUACCCUUUAUGGACUGCAAACAGAAUGGAGAAAUAUUUUGGUAAGGACACCAAUUCAUUUAACCCUGAUAGAUGGGGUAGUUUGCCUGCUAAUGGAGGUACGGUCUUCAUGCCAUUUGGGGCUGGGCCCCGGAACUGCUUGGGUCAGCAGUUGGCUUUACUCGAAACUAGUUAUGUGACGAUUCGAUUGUUGCAGACAUUUGAUUCAAUCAAGUCUAGCCACAAGGAAGCUAGAAAAAAAUCGUCGGCAAUAAUGGUGAUGAUGGAUGGGUGCAAGUUGACUUUUGGUUGA